AUGAAAAAUAUAGUUUUGGCAAUUUCGGCAAUUUCGGCACUAUGUAGGAGUUUUACCUUUAGACAUAAGGCCAGAUUGUCUCCAGAAAAAUCCGCCUCAGAGGUGAAAAUUAUUGGUCAAACAGAAGAACAAGAGGAGGAGACCUUCUGGUUUGAACUCAUUUUUGAAUUUGGCACCCAUUAUCAGUUGAAUAUUCUGUCAGGCACCAAUGGUGAAACUCAAAGGAUGCUUGCCGGAAUUGCUGUAACUGUUGCAACUAGUGUAACUGGAGAAACUGGUACAACUGAUGCAACUGGCAAAGCUUUAUAA